AAACUUCCCCCCCACGCACAGCCGAAACGGCGGGGGGAGGGGGGAGGAGCCUGUGUCUGGCAGAGAAGGUUGAGCUGUAUACGGAGAAGGUUUAUAGAGCAGCAGACAGAGGGGCCGGCCCAACAAAGAGGGAAUCGGCUGGAGGGACGGCAGACAGAGAGAGAGAGAGUGAUAGGGAGAGCGAGAGAGAGAGAGAGAAGAGAGAGCGAGAGCAGGGGAGAGAGAGAGAGCGAGAGCAGGGGAGAGAGAGAGAGCGAGAGAGAGAGAGGGGGGGGAGAGUGCCUGCACGCACGCAGACAGCUCAGUACAGCGGGUCAGAUCCUCAGACAGACGCCGGGGCCGCAGACGUCGUCUCCCUCUCGCCAGCUCCGCGCCGCCGUUUCCCCGGCAGCAGCCCCCGCCGGUCGCCCUGCAGCGCAGGAGCCCCAUGCCGCACAGCCGGAGACGCAGCCGGCUCCCAGCGCUGCGCACGCCGCCGCCGUCGGGUCAAGGACAGCCCCAGCCCCGCUGAACCGCCGAACUUUGAUGAGAAGAGCUAGAGGAAAAAGAGAUAGACAAAAAGAAGAGAGAGACUGUCUGGAUAUGGAUGACUCCAGGAGAGGUUUGAACUGAACAGAGUUCAUUCUUACGUCAUGGUUCAGCACAGAGGCCACAAACACUCAACGGUCAUGGACAACGAUUCAACCCAAGAGGCUUUCGAGGGGCUGGGAGCCGAGGAAGGGGACGAGGUUUUCGGGCACGUACCCCCAAACAAGGACCCCAACUGGUGCAGGACCCCCACCGGACACAUCAAAAGACCGAUGAACGCGUUCAUGGUCUGGUCCCAGAUCGAGAGACGGAAGAUCAUGGAGCAGUGGCCGGACAUGCACAACGCCGAGAUCUCCAAGCGGCUGGGGAAGCGCUGGAAGAUGCUUCCGGACUACGAGAAGAUCCCCUUCAUCAAGGAGGCGGAGAGGCUUCGUCUGAAGCACAUGGCCGACUACCCCGACUACAAGUACCGGCCGCGGAAGAAGAGCAAGUCCUCGGCGCCCGCCAAGGCGGGAGAGAAGGCCGCGGCGAGGCCCGGCAAGGCCGGCUCGGGCCGCUCGACCGCCUCCUCCUCCUCCUCCUCCUCCUCCACCAGCAGGGCCCUCAAAGCCAGACCCUCCGCUUCCAAACACAAAGUGAGCCUUAUCGCCAACAAGUACAAGACCUACGACCGGGACGUGGGCGAGGACGACGACGCAGUGGAUGUAAAAGUGGCCCGGGCCGCGCCGGACGAGAGGAAGGUCCCCGGGGCCCGAGGCCAACAAGGCCCGCCGUCCCCCAGGGGCCCGCCGCCGGCGCCGCCCGUGGCCCAGCUCCGGCUCAAAGUGCCCGUCCCCCAGCCGGCCUGCGUCUCGGCCCGCCCGCCGGACGCCGCCGGCGCCCCCGGGGGCGUGUGCCCGGCCCCCGCCGAGCCCCGGGGACCCGACGCCGCGGCGCCCCUCUCCGGCAGGCCGUCCACGCCCACCUCCACCAGCUCCUCCUCCGUGGUGUCGACCGCCUCCUCCUCCUCGGACGAGGAGCUGGACGAGGAGAUCUUGCACAUCAUAUCCAACGCCAGCUUCGACAGCGUGCCCAUGGACUGCUCCGGUCUGGACAAGGACUUCGAAGCGUUUCACACAAACUCAGGAUCCCACUUCGAUUUCCCCGACUACUGCACACCGGAAGUCAACGAGAUGAUAUCGGGGGACCUGCUCGUGCCCAGCAUCUCUGACCUGGUGUUCACCUACUGAACGUCUCUGACCCGGUGUUCACCUGCUGAACGCCACUGACCCGGUGUUCACCUUCUGAGGUCAGCCCCAACCUUACCGUCAUCUCGUCAACAGACCUACCUAUAAACGCCACCCUCGUAACCGCAAGUUUAUUUGUUGAAAUCUUUUUUUUUUUUUCUGCCAUGAAUCCCGUAAGUGCUAUUGCUUUCACUUUACCGAACGACAGACAGACGUACGGCUUAGUUUCAGAAGUCCUGCAGCUGGCAGAAUGAGAACAAUGCAGUCGGAGACGGAGAGUUUUAUGCAGCAUCCUGUUUCAGUAAGUACCGAAAUUAGCGCGGAAAGGAUUCUGUGGCGUAUAGUUAGCCGCACUGCGUUCCGCGUUUAUGUUAAAAAAGAAUUCAUGUGCAUUUCCAUAUCAUCUGCGGAACGGGGGAUGGCGCGCUCGUCUAAUUGCAGAUCGCAGAGACGCGCUGUCAUUAUCGCCGUAGCCGUCUUAAUAAUUACGAUCAUUAAAUUACGGCGGAUGCGGCGACGCGAUCUCGAACAGCUGCAGCCGGAGAAAGAGGCUCCGGAUCGUAGGAGAAAAGGCACAAAAACAAGGAGUCAUUUAGAGGGUACGGGGGGGAGAGGAAGCCGCGUUUCGAGGGACGCGGCGCGCGCUCGCAGCCGAUCCCCGUCCCGCAGUACCGCGCAGACGACCCGGCAGCGCUGCCCCCUAGACCGGCGGGACACAUCCUGCCGGCUGCAAUUUACAUCCCACGCCCUCCGCAGCCGGGUAAUGUCAUUUACAUCACAUCCUCUCCGUGAUGGCACUUUCAUCGUCCCCCGCCAAUGCUGAGGACAUUUGAGACGUGCGCGCCGUUACACGCGUCCCGGCGCAGACCUCGCGCGCGCCUGAUUUCGGUCAGCUGAGGCUCCGGUGAGUGUGGACUGGGA